AUGUCUGAUUCCGAAUCAGAAAGAGAUGAUCCUGUCCUCGAGGCGCAGUUAUCCCGAACAGAGUCCUUGCGGGCUGCUGCACACUCUUUCAGCCCUGCACAUGAAUUCAUAUUUGUGGCUGUAGUAUGUAUGGCCCAAUUCAUGACCCAGGCAGCCUUGGGUGCUUGUCUAUCGCCAUUGGACAUUAUCGGAGAAAGCUUCGACGUCACUAAUCCCGGAAUAUUGAGUUGGUUGAUUGCCGGAUACUCCUUGACUGUCGGCACAUUCAUUCUAUUCUUUGGACGAUGCGGUGACCUGUUUGGUUAUCGACUCAUGUUACUUAUUGGCUUCUCCUGGUUCUCGGUCUGGUCAUUGGUAGCUGGUAUGGGCGUCUAUUCCAACUACAUACUGUUCAUCUUCGCCCGGACGCUGCAAGGACUAGGACCGGCAAUGUUGUUCCCAAACGGCCUUGCGAUUCUUGGAGCGACCUAUCCACCAGGAAACAAGAAGCGACUGAUAUUUGCUCUUUUCGGAGGCAUGGCUCCGAGCGGAGCAGUGGUGGGUGCGGUAUUUGCGGCAUUACUGGCCGAACUAUCCUGGUGGCCUUGGAUAUUUUGGUGUAUGGCUAUCUAUUGUAUGCUUCUCGCCGUGAUAGUGUACUUGGUGGUGCCCUCGACGCCGUCUCAUACGGCAGAUAUGUCAUUGACCAGGAUCCUCGAGGAGCUAGACAUCCCAGGAGCAGCGCUCGGUGUGGCUGGUUUGAUCCUCGUAAACAUUGCAUGGAAUCAAGCCCCAGUAGUUGGCUGGCAAAAGGCUUAUGUUUAUGUCCUGUUGAUCAUUGGAUUUCUGUUUUUAGCCGCAUUCAUCUACUACGAAGUUGCCGUCUCACCACAACCGCUGAUUCCAUUCGAAACACUGAACACAGACGUCUGUUUUAUCCUAGGAUGUGUUGCUUGUGGGUGGUCUAGUUUUGGAAUCUGGGUAUUCUACACCUGGAGGUUCCUUGAGGAUAUUCGCGGGAUUACACCUCUACUAGCGGCCGCCCAGUUUGUCCCUCCAGCGCCCUCGGGCCUUGCCGCCGCGUUCGCCACAGCCUAUUUGAUGGGAAAGCUAAAGCCCGGUUGGAUAAUGCUUAUUGCACUUUCAGCAUUUACAAUAGGCAACAUAUUCAUGGCCAUCAACCCGAUAGGCCAGACAUACUGGGCGCUCACGUUUGUUUCACUGUUGGUCAUGCCAUGGGGCAUGGAUAUGUCCUUCCCAGCGGCAACUGUUAUACUAUCCGAUGCGGUAGGGCGACGCAACCAGGGUGUGGCGGCGUCAUUGGUUACGACUGUGGUGAAUUACAGUAUUUCGAUUGGUCUCGGCAUCGCGGGCACCGUGGAGGUGCAUAUCAACAACGGGGGGCUGACUUUUGACGACAAACUCAAAGGAUAUCAUGCAGCGCAAUAUACAGGCAUCGGGCUCGGCGGACUCGGUAUUGUCUUGAGUCUUUUUUAUGUGCUGAAAAGUGCUAGAAAGCCAUCUCAUGUAGAGAAAUCGGGAUAG